AUGUCAGUUCCAAAUUUCGAAGAAAUUAAUUUUAAGGAUUAUCCAAAUUGCGCUAUAUUUGGAGCCGUUGCAGGGAGUUUGGGAACGUUGGUCAUGUUUAUAAGUGGCUUUUGUAUUUAUAAGAGGUAAGGGAUGAAAUCAUCAACUUUGCAGGUCAUCAUGGUCUCUGCAGGUAUCUCUUGACUUUAGUUUAUUCUCUUUUGCCAGCCUGCGCAUGCCUGUAUAACCCAAUAUAGCACUGGCAACCUAUGCUUUACUUUAAUUUUAUUUCCUCUGAUGAACUUGUUCAGCCGGCAUGGUGGAUUUAGUACAGCUAAUAGAUCAAGCGUCGCGAGGCAAUCACAGCCCGCUAUGGUAACCGCGGAAUUGAAACAUGAAGAUGGUUAGCAAUAUAGUCUGCAUAGGUACACCACUUCAGUGCAUGAAUUUUUUAAUUUUAUUAUUGACAAUGGUCAAGACGAAAUUACGAAAAUGCUGUUAUAAACUAUCCAUAGUCAGUACUAUAGGUGUACGUUAGAUUCGGGAGUUCUGCUGUUACCUCAAUGCGCCCCUGCAGCUACUAAGUGUCUAAGUAUAAGCUAUAGAGCACGCAGCCAAUUAAAGCAGUUUUUGCAGUUGAUAUGUUGUACUGCAUGUAAUACACGAAAAAGCUUUGCAUGUACAAUAACCAAUAUAUUGAAGUUCGUACCACUAUUAAUUUCCCAAUUUUCAGAUGGUUGAAAUGGAGAGAACGUUAUAAAAAGGCGAGAAGAUUAAAACGUCGUAAACGAUCAGUGCCUGUUGAGAAUGUUUUGUCACCGCGGAUGAGUGAACACAAUUCUGAGCCGAUUUACGAGGACAUCACUGCAGUUGAUAGACUGGCGGAUACUUCGCAUAUUUAUCAACAUUUUGCUGAACUUUCCCCAGUGGAUCUGCCCCCACCUGUGCCUGCUUUGUAUUCCAAUAUGACAUUUUCUACCAUCUCACAAGACACUCAGUCGCUACCUGACACAGUGGUAGAGGGAGAGGGAAGUGAAGCUCCUACGAACAUAAUUCCGCCCUAUAUCUCAAGAUAUGAUAGUCUAGUUACUUGGUUGAAAAAUAUGUCCACUGGUGUCCAGGAAUAG